AUAGAAACACGCACGUAGUUUUCUCAACCGGAGACAAAUCAAGAUGAUGAUGAAGAACUUUUACUUCAUUUCGUAAAAUCAAAUCAUCUAAACAAAAGAUCACCUAUGCGAUCAUAAGUACGAAUAUAUUUCACAAUCUUAACUGAUCUCUUUCGCUUUCAUCGCUGGCUAGUCUCUUUGGGUGGGCAUUGUAUAGUCUAGCAUUGUACACACACUGUCACUGAUAAGUAAUAUAUAGUCCAUCACACACUUGCUGUCUAAAACGUAAACUUUUUGACAUAAACUGUAUCAUUCUAGAGUAGAACUAUUAAUUACAUAAUUAACAAUAAAAAAAUUGAUUACAUACGUGCUGUGUUCUGCAAUAUUAAACUAAUGGAACAAACUUAAUAAAAAUAAUUGAAUUACCAAUCACAGUUCACGGACAAAAAAUCAUGAAUCGCUUUUAGCAGUGUUUUGUUUUUGCAAAGCUUGGUAAUCAUCCAUUUUUACUCUAAUAGUGUAAAGUAAACAGUAGGGAAUAAUUAAGGAAGCAUCAUGAGUCGUGUCAUCCUGUCAUGGCUCGUGAACACAAUCCAUCGUAUCAUCGUGACCGUCCGUGAGAUCAGAAUCUAAUCUCUCUUUUGUUGUCAGGAUAAAGGAUCCCACACUUUUAAGAAUUGUAGAUGGGCGGUCCCAACAAUAAUCCUCAGCACUAAGAGUUGGGGACCACAUAAGCUCAUAUCAGUAUGUCCCAUCAUCUAUCUUUUACACACAAAGUAAAAAAAAACAAUGAGACAGGUAAUAAUGGUUCGAAGAGGCGGAACCACACGACGACUAACACAAUGAACUUACUCAUUUUUGGAUGUAUUAUGUAUUUAAUUACGCCAAUAGAUCCAAUAUUUUUGCAAUUGAGAGGUGGUUUACUUGGUCCCAAUCUAUUCAAAUUGUUAUAAUUAAAAACAAAACAAGUGUGUAGCAAACACAAUUAAAGGUUUGAUGUGUUUAUGUGUCUACCAUCAAUUGGGUUAAACUCCCAUAUUUUGGCUCCGAAUGGUAACUGCGGUUGAGCGGUGCAGGACAAGCGGUUUAACUGCGGUACGGUUUUAACAGUUAUAAAAGCGUAUAGAUAUAUGGUAUAUGUAGAGAUUUUUGUUACUGUUAACUGCGGUGCGGGCGGGGCGGUUUGUAACAUUCGAAGCCUUUAUUCAAAUCAACAUGGGAGUUUGUUUUUUCAAUGACAAGGACAUCAAUGAAACUGACUAAUACUAUUUCCUCCGUUUCAUAAUAGAUGUAUUUUAGAAGGUUUUUGCUGUUUCAUAAUAGAUGAUGUUUUGAUAUUUUUAUGUUAUUUUUAACUUUAUUGAAAGUUGUGUAGCCAAUUAGAUAUUAUAGUCAUCUAUAAGUAAUAAAAGGGAGAUAUCCUCCUCAACCAGACUGUCCAUGUAGGCAAUUAUAAUCAACCAAUCAGAGAGUGUUUUUUUGCCAUGUCAAAUGUGUGUUGCUUACCUUGGGCCUCGACCGUGUUUUAAUAAAUCGUGACUGAUACGAAUGGGCCUCAAGCCCAUCAGACCAUACCAAGGCACAGACGGCGGUCAACCCAUUACUAACUCUCCCAUUCGCAUUUCUCGAACCCUAAUAACCCAAAAAAAAAUUUCAUCCGAUUUUGCGAUUCUUCAAUCUUCAUCCCCUCUGACGAUUCUUCAUCCCUUUCCUCUGACUCUUCUUUGUUCCGUUUCACGAUCUAAACAAUCAAUACAUCCUCCACUCCCUUCUAUCUUUACUCUCAUUUAUGGAUUCGUUUUGCUUUUCCCCUUCUGAUUUUGUUGAUAAAGCUCUUAGUCCGCCUUUUCUACUUCGGAUUUUGUUUAUACAACUCCUGAUUCGAGUUUUAUUUCGAUUAAGAUUCUCUGCCAUGAGUUCUAACGGGAAAUCCACCUCCGAGAAACCAAAAGGCGUUGAGACUGACUCAUCUACCGGAUCGAUCAAUCUCAUUGGAACGCCAUAUGUCUCUUCCAGCCACACUAUUAGCGAACCCCACUCGAAGCAAGGUAAAGGCGAGGCGUCGGUCACUUCCGGUCUGACCAAACUCAGCGGCAAGACAUCUGUUUCUUCCGGUGUCUUGAUCGGCGUACCUAAAUCGAGAAACCCCUAUGGUGAGAACUCUUAGCAUUUACUUAUGAACUUAAAGAGUCCGUUUGAUUACCUUACCAAAUUAGAGGGUCUAAAGCUUUGAGGUUUAAAACUAUAGAGUCUGUUUGAUUGCCUUAACAAAUAGAAAGUCUAAAGCUUUGAUCUUUAAAAAAAAGAGAUGAAUAAGAUUAUUUUUAGGUUUAAAACUAUAGAGUCUGUUUGAUUGCCUUAACAAAUAGAAAGUCUAAAGCUUUGAUCUUUAAAAGAACGAGAUGAAUAAGAUUAUUUUUAUGGUAGAUAGUUUUUAUACUAUAGAAAAUAUAAAAGUAUAUGAGACUGUGGUUUGGAUUUAGUUUCCUUUUACUUGAUGGUAACGUGGGUGUUACUAUGCAGGUAUGAAGAAUGGUGUCUCUUCAGGAGUUAGAGGGAAAGCCGUUGUCUCCUCUGGCGGCAAGGGAAAAGCCAUUGUCUCGGCCGAAGUGGUGGCUUUCAGAAGUGUGAAAUACGGAUCUCAUGAUGGCGAGCUGAGGUUUCGGUUGAUCCAUUAUUGGGAAGCUCGGAAUGUUGUGACAAAAGUGCUUAUAGGUCUCGAGAUGCUUCUUAUCGACGAAGAGGAAACUGUCAUCCAGGGUUUCAUCCCAGCUGGGAGGAUAGACACUUAUUUGCCACACAUGAGGGCUGGUGGGAUUUACAGACUCAACACUUUCUACGGGUCUAACAACAAGACUUUGUAUCGUGUUGCGGAGUCAAGUUUUACCGUCACAUUCUCAACGACUUCUGUCCUCUCUGAUCUAGAUGACAGUUCGGUAUGUUUCCCUAAGGAUUGUUUUAGGUUCCAUGGAUAUGAGGAGUUCGAUGCUGCUUGCGACUUGAAAGGAGACCUUUAUGAUUAUAUUGGCCAUAUCAAGCUUGUGAAUGGGCAGGUUCUCGGUGAAAAUCUCGUGCUAGACGAUGCAGAUAUAGCUUCUUCGCGCAGAGUUAUGCUCCAUGUUCAAACACAUGACGGUCCGGUGAUGAAGUUGUACCUAUGGGACAAGGCUGCCUCUGAGUUUUGUGAGAGAUUCAAAGCAUCUGGGGGAACUGCACGUGUUAUUUUAGUCACUACCUUGAACCCAAAGCGUCUUGGAGGUGCUCUGGCUCUAUCUUCCAUGGCGCCAUCACGUGUGUUUUUGGACACUGAUGUCCAAGCAACCCGAGAUUAUCUCAAUUGGAUGAACAUGAAUCUAGAUGUUGCUAAUAGAGUUAACGCAGACAUUGUCACUAAAUCUGAAACAGUGACCAUAGGCGAGCUAUUUUCUUAUAUGAAGCAGGAAGAUGCGAAGGUUGCUUGGUUUGAGUGCAUAGCAACUGUUGGAGAUGUUGUGCACGGUUCGUCAUGGUAUUACAUCGGCUGUGGUGUGUGCCACACUAAGGCAACCAAAGGACCUACCAGCCUAAUGUGCAAGAAGUGUGGGAAAACCAGUAUUGUUGGUGUUGCACAGUACCUGACGAAGAUCUCCGUGUAUGAUAACGAUGAUCAAGCGUCUUUUGUGCUUCUUGGUGAUGCUGGACAUGAGUUAUCUGGAAAGAAAGCUUCUGAAUUGGUUGAGGAUUAUUUCGAGGCCAACGAGGAUGUAGGAGGUGAUCACUUGGUUCUGGUACCUCAAGUUCUCAUUGAUACCAUUGGACAGACUCGCAAAUUCGUUGUGAAGGUGUCGAAACACAAUUUGACUGGCCAGACUCAAUCUUUGACUGUGACAAAGGUGAUGACUCUAGAAGUCCCGGAAGUUGAGGCCAAUUUGGAAGGAAACGUGGCUGUACCAGACACACGUGAAACUUUGGAUAAAGAAGAUGCUGAUGACGAUCCUUCCACAUGCUUUGGGAGUGUGAAGAGGGCUGCUGAUAAGGUUGAGGCAGAGGAUCCCAAGCGAGCAAGGAGUGGCUAGGAUGUGUUAAAUGUUGGUUUUUAUCGUUACUAAAACUUUCUGCUUUGGUUUUUUUAAUUUCAUACUUUGAUUUUGCAUCUUUAAGUUUGUUGUCUGAACAUUGAAGUUUUGUUGGAUUUGAAUCUUUCACGAAUUUGGUUGUUUAAAUACAAAAUGUGUUCUAAAGUAUUUACGAUUUUUGUUGGUUUAGGUACCGUAAAUACUUAUGACAAGAGAAAGUAUUUGUAGCUUAUUGGUUUUUACCAAUUUUGAUAAGAAAUGUUUUUUUCAUAUAUAUUUAAUUUUAUUGUGUAUAUAGACAAAAAGUAAGAAUGUAUAUUAGUGAAUUAAGAAUUUCUUAAUCAACAUUUGAUUAGAGCGAUAAAAUGAUAGAAAUGGUGGGCAUGUCAAAUAUAAUGCACGGAUUUGUUAUUGUCAUAUUUUAUUUGCUCAUCUGAUAUUAUGUGUGUCAUAUGCAGUCUGAUCAAAUGUAAGCGUGUCUAAAUGAUUUUGGUUAGAUCGUAUAGUAGUUAUGGAAUAAUAAGGAUACACGCCAUUGACUUUAAGAUUGAUUAAACAACCUAAUAACCGGCUUGCAUAAAGGGAUGACCUAGCAUACAAACACUACACAGCAAAUAGAAAAAAACUAGAACAUCAAAUAAUAGUAGUAUUAUUUAAAAUUAUUUCCAAAAAAUCUGAUUAAUUAAAUAAUUAAAAUAAAAAACUGUAAAAUUAAUAUUACAUCAAUAACGGUAAGAAAUUAAACCGUCUAUAAAUUUACAACUGAUAAUAUUUCAAAUCAUGAAGCAAAAUUUUCUUUCUAUCACAAACAAACUUAAAACACACACAUAAAUAAAAUAGCAACAAUAAAUGUUAAAUUUAAAUUUUGGUAAAAAAGGUUGACAAAAUUAUUUUGGUUACAACGAUAAAUUGAUGACAACAAAUAAAGAACCGGUAUACAAGUCGAUGGUACUUUCUUUUAAAGACAAAUACAAAAAUGAAACUUAAUAAUUUUAAAACCAAUCAAAAUUUAUACAGUACUAAUUAUAAGCUUUACAAUUGUUUUACAUAACAAUAAAUAACCAAGAUAAAGAAUAUAUAUAGAUCUUAACUUAUAAUUUAGUUAACUUUUGUUAAUUUUACUAAUAUCCUACAUAAAACUCCAAUAAAACACAACAAAUGAUUUCGAAUAGUUUUAAAUUUGCAUUUAUGUUUAUAAUUCUAUAACAAGUUUCAGUGUAUAUCAUAUUUGUUCGUUUUUAAAAUAUAAAUAUAAAAAUUAAACUAAUAUUAUAGGAAAAAAUCCGGGCGUAGCCCGGAAAACCCCCUAAUUUAUGUAAUUGAUUGAAUGAUUUUUAAAUUAUAUUUUAGAACUAUUUUUUAGAAAAAAAUAAUUAUUUAAUUUUUAUGCAUUGAUGUAAAAAUAUUAUGUAUUGUGAAACAGAGGGAGUAGUACCAUUAUCGGAUAUAAAAUGCGAAAAUAAUAAAACUUGGCAACUUAUCUAUAAUGACUUAUACCAUUUCGAACGAAGUUCUUGAUUCCUACAUCAUGCGGUUAUAUAAAAAUCACGGAUCUUGUACUUAUAUGGAGUAUUUGCAAGUUGGUGUUGUUUUAUAGUCAAAGUUGGUUGGAAUAAUAAAAAAAAGUCUGGUAUGGUUAGUAUUAACUUGCAUCCGGAAUUUCUAUAUGUCUCAAUCUACCUGAAUCACUAAUAAAAAUAUUUAAAUUUAAUAGAUAGCUUAACGCAGUUACGCAAACCUCGUGUGAACAAUUUUUAGUAAACGCACAGGUUAAAAAAUAAUUGGAAUUUAUGCAAAGUUCAAGGAUUGUAUAUGUAGACGAAAACUUUUUAAAAGUUAUAUAUGCAAGUAAUUGAGUAUGAAUUUCACACAUUUAUGAUUGAUAGGACCUGAAAUGUGAAACAUAUCAUUUUGACGAUACUAUGCAUGACUUCUGUUCAAGACGCAUGCGUGGUCUUUGACAUGUACUUCUCAGACUUUUAACUCUUUUUUUGUUUGCACAAAAUUUCGUAAAUAUGUACACAUAGAACACUAUGAGUAUGACGUUACAAAAAUCAUAAUUUUCAAUGUACGUUACAAAAUCCAUCUGAAACGUAUAAAGUCUAUUCUGUAUAAUAGAUGCCGCCAUGUCAGUUACGUAUUUGUGUAGAUCCAGGGAAGCAAAAAUAUUAGAACGAACAAAACAUAUUCAGGUCGACCGCAAAAUUAUAUCAUAUACUUUUAUUAUCUGCAGACUGCGGUAUUUGGUUCAAACAAUAAGGCUUCUAAACCUUUGAUAUGUGACGGUACAUAUACAGGGUGCUUAGGUAGAUACGUUUUGCCUUCUGUAGGUUUCUUCUCAUCGCAUACAUUGCCUUGAACUCCUAUAUCCAGCUCUUUGAGCUUAUCUCACACUAGGCCUCAUGUGAGUAAAUCCUAUUUGGAAGUAUGUUCUCUUUCAUGUUAAACUUGCACAAGAUCUUAGGUCCCUUUAGGAUAUCUUUUUGUUUAUACCAUUUCUUGUUCUUGAGUUUGAACCCAGAACAUUUUGAUUUCUACCAUGCCUAUUUAGGUGUUCGGAUAUUCGUUUGGGUCAGAAUCGAUUUUUUAGAGUUUUUGGAUUUCUUGAUCAAGUCGCUUAGGUCCUAUUUGGAUAUUAUUUAAAUAUAUACCGGAUUCGGUUAAUAACUUCGCCUUCAUAUAAGUUUUUGUAACUCAUGCCAAACCAUGUUUUGUAACAGUACUUAUUUCAGAUUCAGGUUAUAACACUUUGGGUUCUAGUAUUUAUUUAUUUUAGUUAUCAUUAACAUGAAACUGAGUAUUUGAGGCAUCUAUUAGGUUUUGAAUACAUGUUUUUAGAUAAGAGAUAAAAA